UUGCGAUGCUUAUCCAAGAUGGCGGACGUGCGGUUUUAGGUGGCGGAUAUGUAUGAGACUUUAGCUUAGACGUUUCUAUGCCAUCCCGCUUACCAUCUAAACGUUGCCGGAUAUGAAAAGGCACACACCUUGGAUCGCAGUCCUCCUACUCUGUGUAACUGCCGAAGUUCGCUCGAGAAGCUAUCAGGGACGAUCAUGGCGUUUAAGAGACGGCUUGCUGCUGGAGCGGAGCUUGCGUCUGCGGCCCAGCUGGACUCCAAAUCGAGGCUGGAACGAACCAGAAGAACGAAUGGCAGAAGAGCAGCAGUUCAGGCAUGGGGAAAUGAGUCCUUCGAAAAUCCAGGAGACGCCUGAACUCGAGGAGCGCAACACCUUUGGUGGCUCAGCCAAUGCGGAGGCUGCCGGCAGAGAUGUUUCUAGCCUGGAAACCUUUGUUGAUGGGUCUGCCAAUGGAGGGGGUGCCUUGAGCGACAGUGGAAGAGUUGAUGAAGGCACCCAGACAGUAGACAAUUCAUCAGAAGAAGGUGUAAAAUCAGCAGCACCAUACGCGGGGGCAUUAAGAGCAGGUCCUGAUGACGUCCACCACCACGUCGUCAGGAAAUCGGCCUCCGUUAUCUCUGAUAUUUCUUUUGUAGUGCUCGUAGCAGGCUGCAGUGCUGUGGCAGUAUUUGGAGUGGUUGCGGCGGGUUACUGCUUCUACAAGGUCCAGAAGAAUGCACGUGCAGCUGCUGAUGUGGACUAUCCAGCGUAUGGAGUGACAGGGCCGAACAAAGAAGGGGCUUCUCCGACGGCCGAUCGCAAGCUGGCCCAAAGUGCCCAGAUGUACCACUUUCAGCACCAGAAGCAGCAGAUGAUUGCUGUAGAGAAGAACCAUACUAACCGACACACCUCAGCAUCAGAUGUGGAUACUGAGGAGGAAGAAAAUGAGGAAGGUGAUUACACGGUCUACGAGUGUCCCGGCAUGGCCUCGGGUGGCGAGUUGGAAGUCAAAAACCCACUGUUCCAAGACGAUCAUCCGAUUGUGCUGGCCACACCAGAAGAUAUGGGCAAGACAUGUGAUGACGAGAGAAAGAAACGUUCACCUUAAAUCAAACAAACAAACAAAAAAACAGAUCUGUAUGCCUAUGCCGCAUCCUCCUCUGACACGCUGACACUGUGUUGUUACUACCAGGCCAUCAGUGAACACCUGUGAGCUUGUUUACCUGAAACACGUUUUCCUGAAACACGUUUUCCUGAAGGGCUUGAAACAAGUUCUUAACUCCUGUUCUAUAUAUAUAUAUAUCUUUUUUUUUUUCAAAAAGAAUUGUUCUCAUGUCUGUAGAAGGCAUUGUGCACAGAGUUGUCUACGAGUUGUGAAAAAAGAAUGUUGGUUUAGCCCAUGCUCCUUAUGAAGAGCUUAAACAACCUUGUGUGUAUAUUUGGUAAACCUUGUCCAAAUCAGUCAGCACUAUAGUGACAUCACAUGCAAGGUAAGUGUUUCCAAUUCAUUUUGCAUAUCAGUCUCUUAUGCUUCCAUAAUUGACCUGGGCUAUAUUUUGGAAAACAUGCCUAGAAUUUUCUUUUGUUAAUUUUACAGUAAGAUAAAAUUUUGUUUCCAUUAGCUACCGAGAAAAAUAUGUGACAGAUAACUGACAGUGACUACAAACUCAAAAAGUAACCUUAUUGGCUGUUCACACAAUUGAGGGAAUAAAGCUGCAUGUAAUUGAUGCUAGAAGUACACAUGGUGAGAUGACAGUGUGUACUUGUUCGAAAUAUGAGUUAUAAAUCUGUGAAUUCUGUUCAUCCCCAAUUAGCUGUAGCUGCUGCUUCUUGCACGUUGUUGCCGCACCAAAGUGUUUUUUUUUUUCUAUUUUGCGUUUCACAGUGUUCACAACCACUUCAGUUUUACAUUUGCACUUGGCUUUUGCAGGCCAUACUUUUCUUUAAAGUAAAAAUAUACUGCAUGGUUAAUGGCAAAAAGGUAGUGGUUGAUACUGGGUUAAUUUCUAAAAGCAUUUUGCUUGCUUUCCAGCUGCUGAUGUCAUAGGCAUAUUUGAGAAGCCCUUGAACUUUACAUGUUUGAGCUUUUACUUCGCAUAGUUUUUGUCCCUGCAUUUAUUUAUCUUUGUUGUAUUUACUUUUUUUAAGAGGUAAGAAAACGGAAAUUUGCUGCUGUUUUUUGUUUGCAGUUAUUUAUGUAUGUUCAUAGUGUUUCUUCGUGUUUACUGCAAUACAUUCCUUUUUAAAAAUUUAGUCUGCACGCACUCUCAUCUGUGUUUUUUUUUUCCAAUAGUUGUUAAGAGAACCCUGCUGGGUGUAUAUUUUACAUUGUUGAACGUAGCUUAGCUCUCAGAGGGAAGUGUUGUUUUCUCUAUGGGGGUGUUGAAGAAAGAAACCAGAGUUUAAUUUACACCCUACCAGUCAAACUUCUGUGAUGUGCUGUGUCCCACACGUCAUGACUUUUUCUCACAAGUGCAUGGUUGUUUUUGCCAGUUUUAAAGGUUUCCCCCAGUGUAGCUGGAACCAGCUCCGAGUGCUUUUGUGCAGAUGUGAUGAGCAUGCUGUUCUUAUUGUGACCGGAAGCUAGCAUUUGUAUUGUGCUGUAAUAAUUUGGUGUAACUGUAUGACCCAUUGGUGGUUGAAAAGGUACACUGUUGACUGGAAGUAUUCUAGUCAUGAGUUGUCUUUCUAUAUAUUUUACUGUUUUGUUUUUUACUCUUAAGAUUUGUCCUUCACAUUCGUAGAUGGUGAAAAUGGGCACAGUUUUGUAGCUAUUGUGAAACUUGUGCAGUACUUUUGUCCGAAAAAUACAGCGUUUAAGUCUUCUAAUUGCUGUGCUGUGUCACCAUGGGGAUCUUGCAGCCAGUUUUUAGCUCUGCAAUGGCUAAUAAUAAAUGAUGUCUGCACCUUAGCUACAAUCCACUUUUUAUAAAAUAGACAAUGUAUUUUUCGGGGACAACUGCUUUCAAGUUGUACCGUGCUUUUGGUUGCACAUAUUAUGUAAUUUAAUGCGUCUGAAGCUCUUAAUUUCUUGAUGGUGGUGAUACGACAUUCAGGGCUGGUAACAGUGUUAGGGAAACUUGCACUGUUGCGGCUUGGGAGGCCACAAUGACGCACAUUCCUCUCUAAAAAACAAGUUUGCUCAUCGUGAGAGCCUCGAAGCACUAACAGAGCCAUAUUCAAAAGUGCUCUACUUUAGUCACACACUGUGGCUCUGUUAUGUGCAAAACACAAGAAUAUGUGCAUAGUGCUGCAUUCACAAGUUUGAACUACUACGAACUACUCUAUGUGCGCCAGCACGCUGCACGCAUUUGUCAUCCUGUGGCUUGAAGCCUGGAAGUAAUAAGCAGGCCUUGCAAACCAAACAAUCAGCUUUCAUGCAGCACUAGUCCAAUUUACUUUUUCUUUAGGGACUUUACAUGGGUGCAUAGGCGUGCGCACAGGGGGGGCAGGGGGGGGCGCAAAAUCUGCCCCAUACAUUGACUUAGUAGGGUGGGGGGGUGCUGAGAUGAACCUUUGCCCCCUCCUGAUGGGGAACCCUGCACACGCCUAUGCAUGAGUGUACACCAAUCAUGCUGCUUGCAUUGAGCACUGUCUACUGCAUCAGUCUAGUCACUCUUGGAUUCCCAACACCUUGCAGCUUGUCAUGCAAAUUUAUCUCAGUGUUCACUCAGUGCAAUGUCGAAACUCCAAAGUGGAUGAUAAUCUCUUUUACAAGUGUAUGUUUUGGUGUCUUAGACUGGUUGCAGUGGAUCUGCGAGAUGGGGAAUCUACCAUUCUCUUAAUACAGCCGAAAGCAUUGCAGUCUUUGGGAGUAGCAGAAAUUGCCGAUGGCACAGUAUAAGUUCAGUUUGUGUCUGUAGACAAUAUUCUUGUGAGCUCUUGAGACUCUCUCUGUCACCCCUACCCCUCUCCUCUUUUUUUUUGGUACUAUUUUUCUUUCUGGCUGCUUGUUAAAACUGCUAUGUUUCAAGAUAUAUUGCUUUCUUUACUUGUCUAGCAUGAGCACGGAUUACAAUUAUCACUGAAAUGGACAUACUAUCUUCGCUAGGUGGCACUCUCUCUCUCUUGUUUCAUGCAUUAAAGGGCCCAUAAACCACCCAGAGGUCGAAAUUUAGUAGUGUUGCAGUUGUGCACGAGUCUUCAACAAACACGCAGGCGCGAGAAUUUUUCAAAAUGGUGCCGUAAAAGCGGAGCUACAUGCAUUUGAUGAUCCAAAAGUGGGCCUUGCUCGCUUCGCUCUUUCCUUCACUAAGCUCCGUUCAUUGGCUUGUCUCGCCUUCUGGCCGAGUGCUUCUCCUCGCACGGCGAGGAGGCAGAGCAGCGAGCGUGUGAACCUGCGAAGCAGACAAGCCAAAUCUUUUUGUGGGUGGCAUUACCAGACACGAAUGUUGACGUCACGGCCAUUGCUGGGAAUUACAGAAAGGCCCGGAGAGCAGAAGGGAUUGUUUCUUGGAAUUUGUGGCACGCCCACAGCUCGGUAGCGCUGCCACGUUUGCCAUUGUUCAUCGGGAUGGCAUUCUGAACUCGAUGCACACGUUUACUUGAACUGUUAAAAAAAUUGUCGGAGGUGGUUUAGGGGCCCUUAAUGUCAUACAAAUAUACUGCAAGCUCUUUGUUCACUAGUCAUAUUUUUUUUCCGGCAUGUUACCAUUGACGAAAGUGGGUGGGGGCUGUUAUGUGCAUACUGGCCUUUUCAGACAGACAGCAGCAUUUCUUGCAGUUUUAGUACUUUAUGGAUUAUGGGCAAGUUAUACAUUCCUGGUUGAAUGGAAAACAACUGGUAAGAUCGGAACGGAGAACUGUACUCUUGCAGUGUUCUUUUGUCUUGUACUUUCUUUGGAUGUUUUCAAGGCGAACCUACCAGUGCUACAUUUUUUAUUACUGCUGUUCUUGCUUAGCCUGAGCAGAAAAACUUGCAAUGCUCUUGCACCAGUUUAAUAGUGUAAUGCCAUCAUCAAAAUGUUGGGCCUCUGGCUAAACAGGUGGUGGCUUGCCCCCACAAGCAUACAGCUUGUCUUUCUUUAUUCCUCUAGUUCAUUUAUUGAGGAUGCACUGCAACAUGGCUUUAUGCAUCCCUUAUGUUGAGAUACCACCACUCUUUCUUCAUUGUCAAUGAAGAAACAAAGGCUUGUGACAUACUGCUGUGACCUACCUACUUAUUCCUGAUUGCAACUUGUGCUGCACCCAGGCAGAACAUUUACACAUGAUAUUGCCUCCUUGUAUGUUUGCGCAAGAGUACUUUUAUUAAGAUCUGGUCGGGGCAUCCGUGUGCGCAUCGUAUGCUUGCUGAUUGUGGCAACCAGUGGCAUUUAUUUUGUUGUAAGGUGGAAAUACAAGACAAUAUGCCAAUCUGGGUGCCAGUGAAGAAGCCUCCACAAUGACAAAAGCAUUAGAAUAUAGGUCUAAGUAAAAUGUCUGUCCUUGUUCUUGGAAUUUUUACUAUUGCACUAUUGGUACGUUAUCUUGUUUAUGUAUCUUUUGUGGAUGUUGUAACAAAGAUGCAUCCAGAGGCAUUUUCUUUCUUGAUUAAAGUAAUCUUUUUUUUUGUGCCUUUGAAAAUUUGUGAAUGAGCCGCAGAAGGCUACCUUUCAAAUGUACAUAUAAAAGAAAACUGUAUUGUAUCCAUUUAUUGGUGUACUUUUCCCAGCAUUUGUGUAUACAUACAACAAAAUUUUGAAUGCUCUCUUAUGUUUAGCUUCAUCUGUUGCUGUACUAGCUGGAAUGCAUGAUAACACAAAGUUCUGUAUAAGGAUAAGAUUAAAGCAUUGGCUAGGACUACUUGUUCGGGCUUUUGGGGUAAAGAAAAAAGGAACUUGACCUUAUCACGAGAACACAAUUUUUUGUACACCUGAAUACCACUAAAAAAAAAUUAUACAUUGUUAUUAUCGCUGGAACUUGCUCGUAUUCAAUGGCUGUCGCUUUGUGUUACUAAGAAAUUGUAUAGUAUUUUAGAUUGUGAAAUUACGUGUGCAGUAUCUGUGGGCCUAAAGCAGCUGCCAAAAUUUUAUUACUGCAUUUGUUGGAUCACAACAGUAAUGUGUUCAAUGGCACAACACCUUUGAAGGCUGUAAUGCAUCCAAUGCAAGGUAAAAGAGGAAGUCAUGGUUUUGAUAUGCAUUGAUAAUUAUGGCCCAAGAGGCUAACGCAGGCACAUGUAGCCACUGAGCCUUCAAAAUUCCUAAAACAAGGUAAAAAAUAACCUUAGGUGAUGAAGUUCAUAAAUAUUAGUUUAAAAAGCUAUGUGCUGCAAAAGUGUUAAAAAAAUGUGCAAAACCAGCAGUCUGGCAUUUCACAGUAGCUUCAUGAGUGGGUCUCCACUAACAUACUGUAUUUAUUCAAAUAUAGUUUUUUUAGGUGUUAUCUAAAAUGAGCUGCAACCUAUCUCAUUACCAACGGAUCUUGACGUAUUGUGAACUUGCCUAAAGCAGAUUUUGGAUGUGGCUGCUAUUCUUCAAGUAGCACAGGCUGCUUCGACACAAUGUGUAUCUAUAUUUGUAGUAAAUAGGGGCACCUAAAAAAGCACGCAGAAAUCUUUUAUAACAGGAUGCAACUUGUUGCUUUGACUAGGCAGAUUUGGUAGCUGAGCGUAUGUUCAAAGGUCAUAAUUUUUUAAAAACUGUAUUGGUCGGCCUAUAUCCAAUUUACUUAUUUAAUAAUAUGUAAGGGUUGACCCAUAUUUGUGUGGAACCUAUUUUCGAGUAAAUAUGGUAUGUAUAUGUGCCCUGUGCAUUAUCAACAUAGAACCAUUUAUUCACUGUUAGGAAGGUGAAUGUAGUUGUUUUAGGUGAAGUCAUUUUAAGAAGUAUUUUGUAGUCAACCGUUAUUAUAUGUCCUUGCUGCACUCUGGGACAAAGGGAUGUGCACCUAUUCGAACUAUUGGGAUUCUAGCAUUAAUUAUUAUUAGAACUAGGCUGUGUCUUCUGGUUGUUCAUUCAGUUACUACCUGGCCUAUUGGAACUACUCUCCUGUGCCUUAAGUUUCACUUGUAUACAAAUAUGUAGCAACCUUGGAAGCAAGGGAAACUUGUAAUUCCCUGAAAUGUUAAGUAAAAAAAAAUGCAUUGUGUGGUUUGCUAGUUCUUGAGCUGUGGAAAUUGCUUCUCAGUUAUUUCAGGGUAACCUUGAAGAGUUGAAUUCGGAAGGAGCAAUUACUGGACAUCCUUAAGUAGAACCCCGACACUAUUAGUUGUGUGGCCACGUAUGGGAGCCUAAUGCACUAUGUUGGCAGAAUUUCCUGUCCUUUGAGCCACGCGAUGCCCUGCACCAUCUUUCUUGCAUUUUGGUACAGUUAGUUGCACUGAAUUGGUUUGAACUUUUUCAGCUAAAGCAUUGGGAAAGCCAUUCCUUUUACCCCUACCCAUGCUAGCUGCAUUGAGCAUGCAUACAUUGGCAACUUAUAUCACUGGUGUUUAAUGUUGCAAAGUGUGCUGCCCUCUGUGGUGGGUACUUUAAAUGCCCACUGCACUGCAUUAUAGUUAGUUUCACUUGGCAUGUGCUAAUAGGCCAAUUCAUAUCACACUGUGAACAGUUGGCACUGUUGUCGGGAUAGACCCCUCUUUCUUUUAUCUCGUGAAUUCUUACUGUGUCAUAUAUAUAUAUAUAUUAUAUAUAUUAUAUACAAGACUUGUACUAUCCAUUCGUGUCUUGAUCUGUGAAUAUGGUCUUAAGCAUGAAAUAAAAGUUCUGCAAUCUCGUUUA